AUGGAGCUCACCCUGCUUGCGAUCGCGGUCGCUGGACUAUCCUCUAUCCCACUCGCUCGGUGUGAGAAGCAGGUCACAGAUGGAAUAUCCAGCUGUGGAAACGCAUGGAUGCCUAGAGAUAAUGUCACUAUUGCGCAAGGAACGGACACGCGUAGGGGAUAUAGUACGGCGGUGCAAACCUUUUGUAGCGCAGCGAAUGGGCAGACGGUGAAGCCUAGCGGAUAUCUCUCCCUCGCGACGGAAGUCUUCCUUAACGACGGGAAGGACCCCGCUACUUACGGUGUUCUAGGAUUUGUAUACUUCGAGGUCCACAAUAAAGAAAGCUCGGAUCAUACUAUUUCAAUCGAGAAUUGUGAGAAAUACCUCUUGGCACUUAGCGCCGACGGUGGUCAAUGUUCUGGAGAGCAAAACCACGACACCAAGGGUGGCACCUGGCAAGUUGGGAAUAAUGGCGUCUCGUACCAUGCUUUAGGCAAUGAGAUACCGCCUCAACAAGAUGCCGUUAACAAAUUGUUUUCCGGCUCUGCUUUAGGGGCACAAAGUGUGAAUAAAGGAUCCGGUCCACCCCUGAACCCCUGGCCGCUGGAGUCUGUGAAUAGCGUCAAGCCAACGAACUGCCAUAGCCAUAACGACUAUACCCGAAACAUCCCAGUAUAUUCCGCUUUAAGUGCAGGGUGUAUUGGGAUUGAAGCUGAUGUCUGGUAUUCUAACGGAGACGUUACUAUCGGCCAUAUCCUUCCAACUCCCGGAAGGACUUUAACGGUGCAGUACACCCAGCCGCUGCGAGCAAUACUAGACCAUAACAACGGCGGUUCUCCUGGAAAUGUUGGCCUGUACAAGGCCAGCCCUGGACAGAGCGUUACGCUGCUUGUAGAUUUCAAGACCUCUGAUACCCAGACUCUGGAUGCUGUCGUCAAGGCACUCCAACCCCUCCGGGAUGGCGGAUACCUCAGUCACCUCGAUGGUGACAAGUUCGUUGAGAGACAGAUCACAGUUGUCGCUAGCGGGAGUGCUCCGUUUGACCGCAUCAGCUCAGGCGACGGUGUCCCCAACCGAGACGUAUUUUACGAUGCUCACGUGGACCAAUGGGACAGCAGCUUCACCAGCCAGAAUUCCUACUACGCCUCGGCCGAUUUUGAAGACGCCGUCGGAAGCCCAGGCAGCGUGAACGAUUUCAGUCAGGACCAAAAGAGUACAGUCCAAUCGCAAGUUGAGAAAGCUCAUUCGGCGGGUCUUAAAGUGCGAUACUACAAUCUGCCGGGAGAUUAUCUUUGGGAGCCCCUGGCAGCGCUUGGUGUAGAUCGGUUAAACGCCGAUGAUAUGUAUGACACGGCUAGGCUUCCACGGGUAUAG